UUUUAAACAAAAACCAUGGAAUACGAGAGCGUGCUGAUUGUCAAACCGGAGGUUUUUAUAUAUAAAAUACCACCGCGGGCGAGCAAUCGAGGCUAUAGGGCCGCCGACUGGAACCUAAAGGAACCCACCUGGACAGGGAGGAUGCGACUUGUGGCGAAGGGCACUGCCUGCAUCUUGAAGCUGGAGGAUAAGACCAGCGGCGCCCUAUUCGCCAAUUGCCCCAUCGAUACAUAUCCCGGCGUGGCCAUCGAAGCAGUCUCCGACAGUUCCCGUUAUUUCGUCAUACGCGUCCAGGACGACAAUGGAAGGUCUGCCUUUUUGGGCCUGGGCUUUGGCGAUCGUUCGGACUCCUUUGAUCUGAAUGUGGCGCUGCAGGAUCACUUUAAGUGGGUGAAGAACCAAGAGCAGAUCGAAAAGGAGAAGACCGAGCCCAAGCAGGAGCUGGAUCUGGGCUUCAAGGAGGGGGAAACUAUCAAGAUUAAUAUGAGGAUAACGAAAAAGGACGGCUCCGACGGUCCGUCCCGGACUGGCAAAAACAAGGGUAACAGCGGCGUACUGCCACCGCCGCCCGGUGGCCUGGGCAAGAUAGCGCCACCACCAGCCGCAGCGGCUUCUCCAGGGGCGACGGUUCGGACAAGCCCUGGCGUCUCGCCAGCCCACAGACCAUCCGGCGGCGGCUCCGAGUGGACCGACUAUGCAUCAGCCGGGGGCAAUCAAGGACAACAGAACUCAGCAAAUGCCAACUGGGUGCAGUUCUAGGCUGCAGUUCUAAUCCUCCUGCUGCAUGCUGCUGCUGUUGCGACCGACCUCCUUUCUUCUGUCAUAGGAUCUUCUUCAGCGCUUUAUAUUAUCACCUACUAUCAUUUGUUGGGGACAUUCAUUACUUGGACUAUUUUUUUUUUUUUUUCUUUUUGGCAAUGGGGACGACGACGACGACCAAGAAGGGAAAUUGAACCGAGGCAUUCAGCGCAAGAGAAAAACGUUAAAGUUAAAGCCUUUUUUAUAUAUAUAUUAAUUAAUGGAAAUUGUGUAUUAGUUUCCCCUCUCUGCCACUCCUCUCUCACACUGGAGGGGGGCUCUCUACCCGUCUCCCUCUGAAUGGUGUAGAUAGAUAGGGAGGGGAUUUUGGUAGCAAAACUAUUUAGCCUGGUUGUUAAUUGUGUAAAGGAAUUGUUUGAAGGAAGCAUGAUAAUUCGUAAUAAUUGUAAUGGAAGUGAAUAUUCGGAAA